AUGGCGGAUGAGAACCUCCUGCAGAGGGUGCACGAUCUGAGCGACCUGGAGCUCGCAGCCCUGCUCUCCCUGAUCGCCAGAGAGCACUGCGUCAUCACCACCCCCGGAGAUGCCCUCGAUGAUCUCGUCGAGGAGCUCAAGCUGAUCUCAACCCGCACCUUCGGCCUCUCCUACGCCGUCGUCGACUGCAACCCCGACACCACCCUCGAGGACUUCGCCACCUCUCUCCUCCUAGGCAAGCCCCAACCCCAGGCCCAGGCGCAGCGCACGACACCGCGCUCCUCCUCCCCGCACCUGACCCGCACCGGCAUCGCCAGCAACGACUACUUCCCCCCUCAGCCCGCGACGCCGAGCUCCUCCGGCGGCGGCGGCGGCGGCGCCCCUCUCUCGCCCCUGACGCCGACGGGCGGCUCCGCCACGCACGCACACAUCGCGCACGUCGUGCUGGCCAGGAACCUCGGCCUCGCGCCCAAGGCCGUGCAGAUCCAGGCGCUCGAGCUGCUGCGCACGCGGCGCAUCUUCACGCGCACCUCGGUGCACGCCGCGCCCAAGCAGUUCCUCUUCGUGGCCGCGCUCGCCGACGACGGAGACGACGACGACGAUGGUGAACAGCAUCAGCAGCGGGGGCGCCGGCCGGGGGGAGGCCGGCUCGCGCCGCACCUCAACGACUUCUUCUACGUGGGCCACUGGCACGACCCGGAGGACGGGUUCGCGAACCUCGAGGACGACGGCGAGGAGGCCGAGACGGCGAGCACGGGCAGCGUGGUGAAGAAGGGCGGCGGCGGCGGGGCCGGAUCCGUCGUGGCGGGCGGGUUUCCCGAGGAAGGCAGGGACCCCGUGUUUUCCGAACUGGAUAUCGCCACGUUGGCUAAGCUCAGCCGCGAGGUGCAGGUCGACGUCGACGUGCUGCGGUACCAGAUGAACAUUGUCUCCUUCCUGCGGAUGCACAGGGCCGUGGCCGGCGGCAUCACUCCGACGGCGACCAAACACUUUGAGCAGCUGAUGAAGAGCCUGGCGCCCCUGCACGGGCUGGACUACGUGACGCCCUCGCUCGUCGGGCUUGCAGCCCGCAAGGUCUACUUGCAUCGUGUCGACAUCGUUACCCCCGAGAAGGAGAGAAGUAUGCUAUGGGGAAGUGAGCUGGCCGCCGUACAGUCCAUACUCGAGGGCAUUGGCCCCGACGACGUCAUCGAGGAGGUGCUGGCCAUGGUUCCAGCACCAUUGUAG